AUGAUGCGGGAUGGCCUGAACAGUUUGGGAGAGGUUCACGGUGGCGACUUGAACUUGGUUUCAGGCAUCACGCCUGAUAAGGCCAACGAUGUGCAGGACAAUUCCUUCUUUAACUUGAACAAUCCAACCGAGAAGGACCGGUUUCACUGGAACUGGUCCUAUGAGGCGAACAGCACCAAAAAUCCACAGUACAAGUACACCUUCCCAGGAGGGCAGGCAUGGAUGAGGCUCCACAAGCCGAAGGUGCGAGCGUGGCUGGGCUUCUCAAUGAACCUUACCAGCCACAUGCCAGAUAUCACACAACCGCCACAUGAGAAAGUGGACAUUGCCAUUCAGAGUUUUGCAGAUUUGGACCUAGACAUUGGGACAGCUGCAGACUUUGACAAAGACAGUUCUUCGUCGGUGCUGCACAACAUGCUUGACGUGUUCCCAAUACCCAUUCUGAGCAAGUUGAAGACAGACACAGAAAUGUUUAUGCGGCCGUUCACCUUCCACAUAGGCUCAACGCCUAUCACGGUCACCCCAGGGUGGAGUAUCAACAUGAAGAUCUUCCACAUCGGCAAGUUGAAGGGCACCAUGCGAGUCGGCCUUGCGACGAAACUGCUAACUCGUGGGGUCAUGCACUUCGAUACUACCUUUGGAGAGCAGCACCACUUCGAGGUUGAGAUGAAGAAUGUCAAUUUCACUUCUCCGGCAUGGAUGCUGUUCACCAAGCAUUUUCAGCUUGGCGUGGAAUUUGAGCCGAACGUUUGGAUGAAGGGCGCCUUCGGGAUUUUGCACGACGUGGAGUUCGGCUUUGGAUUAAGGCCAUACUUCAACAUGAGCAUUAUGGAGGAAGACAAGGGGGAUGGGUCAGACACAGAAGAACUCGCCAUCUACCCAUACCUUCUGGUGGGCCUUCCGCCAGGGCACUGCUAUGCUUUAAAGAUCAGUGCCAAUGGUCAAUACAAAACUACGGCAUGUCAGCUGAGCCUCGGUGGCGUUAUACGCUUCCAGAACAAGCUCGAGAUCUUCGAGUUUGGGCUGACGUCGGAAAAGAAGCUUCUGACGGAUCCGAUCCAGGUGGAUAUCCUGAAGAAUGGUGAGGAGAUUGUUGCGACUGGCGAAGUCGUGUGCUUGAAAGUGGAGAACGGGAGGUGCCAUCCGCAUCCAACAAAAGUCCAUAUGGAGGUUGAGGGUGAGGAAGUCGUGGCGCACUUGGGCAUCUACUUCCAGGAAAAUGCCCUGGCCCAGCUGGAGAUUAACAUGCAAAGCAUGACCGUGCGAGUUACACUUUGGACUGUGAGCUCCCAGGCUGAAGAAUUCCAAGAAUUGGUGUCCAACGAACAGGCUGAGGGCAACCUGCAGCUUUGCUUCUGCCACGACGGCCGCGAAGAUUGCUUCAGAUUGGACCCAAAGUUUCCGGGCGCCAACACGCUCUUCACGAGCAACACCAUUUGGGAAGCUGGCCCAGUGUUCACAGAACUUUGGGUAACAAAGCCGGCGUCCUCUUCCUUUUCACACGAUCCGUCUCAAAAUGAUGAAAGGUUGCAAAACAAAGUGUUUAUCCGUGGUGCCAGCGGCAAACUUUUGUGCAAGGGAGUUCUGCUCCAGACACAGGUAGAAGAGGAGAAGCCCAUUAAGAGCAUUGAGGACUUGGAAAGCAAGAGGAAGGAUGCGAUGCAGACAAUUCCAACUCAGGUCAUGCUUGUGGAUGCAGCUAAUCCUUCUAAAGAGGUGGGCUCCGCUCAAAUUGAGCUCGACAUGAUGCCUGCGCAGUACGGUGCAAUGUGGAUUCAACCCUUUGAGGGCGACCGAUUUGUGGUUGGCUUAUCCUACACAUUUGCCUGGUCGACGCAUGGGGCGGUCGAGGGAGACUCCUAUGCCUUCACGAUUGCUCUCCACGAGGUCAGUGGGGAGCAAUGUGCGGGCCUUGGCAAGCAGCUCAGCACUGAAGAUUUCAAGGUGAAAUGCAGCAAGGACCCGCGAGUCAAGGUCCACCGAUUCGGGGGUUCGCACCUGCCGUGCGUCUUCGAGCGGCAGGUCGUGUGUCCGCAGGAAGCAGCUGGCAAGACCGUGAUUGCCCUUGCCAAAUGGUACGAUGCUGCGUACUACAUGCACCGCAUGGCUUCAAAUGCCUUCCGUUGUGAAGCUAACACCGGGCGCCGCUUGAACGCCACAGUGGCAAAGGCUGCGGCCCAAGUAGCAAGAAACGAUGAAAGCGUGGGUUUCGGUUUUGAAUCCCAAGGCCAUAAGGAGGGACUCAGUCCCGAGGCUCGCGCUGCGUUUGAAGACCUAGCGAAGCACUGUCACGAAAGACCUUUGAAGUAUAGCAUCGGAGCAGGUGUCAAUUACAUACAGCUUGUGAAGAACAUGCCAUACGCCGGAGGAGGAGGAGUGGGCAGUAGUAGCGACGCAAGCAAUCCAAUGGGCGGCCACUUCAUGCCGGAUGGAAGCUACAUUUCCAAUCCGUACCCGAUUUGGAGCCUAGGGCAAGACGAGGAGAACCGCAAGCGGUUGAGCGACUUGCUUCCAGAAAGUGUCUGCAUUGGAGGCAUGUGCGAGGGGAUGAUGCUUGGCUGUCAGAAGCGGAAUGUCAGACCCAUCAACAUUCCCAAGGUUUGCUACAAGUUCAACCGCACAUUCAACUGGAUCCCGCAUGUUGGGCCUAGUGCCAGGCAUGUCAUCGCUUACGGCUUGAUGAUUUUGCCUUCUGCCGUGAAAGAAGCUGGCAUUGAGGCUCAGCAGAUCGAAAAGGCGCUGCAGACAAACCAGUCCCAGCCCUUGCAAGCUUUGACGGAAGAUCUUGGGAAGAUUUUCCAGCCAGAGCAGGCUCGACGACUUCUCCAGGAAGCUUUUCCCACGCCCGCGGGGGGCGAAUUCAAAGAAGAGACACUGGAUGACAUGGAGGAUGACUGGAGUAAACAUGGCUCCUACGACGAAAUGAUCGUGGAGAUCACGGAGCCCAUGCACUACCCCAUCACGGAUGCAGUCAUGCAGUACUUAUUGUCUGCGGAUGCAUUUCGGGGAUUAGAGGAUGGUCGAGAGGCCACGCACGGCCCCAUCAAGAUCAUCGGCUACGAGCUUCUGGACUCAGCAGGAGUAGCAGCUAAGAGAGCCAAGAGACGGCGGAGAGCAGAAUCCGAUCUGCAUCACAAGGCAAGGAUGAUUCCGCUGGGCAAAGACCAACCUUUGCAAACUGUCCAAAGCGUGGCAGAGGCAAGUUCAGAACUCUGGAGUUCAAGCCGCGGUCGUGAGCCACCUGGCCUGGUUCAGUCGCAGACAGGUCCUGGAUCAUUUGGAUUAUUUGCUGCCGGGGCAGCACUUCUGCUUUUGAUCGCGGUGGCCCGUCGCAGACAAGGCUAUUCAGCUUUGACCUCACAACCUGAAGCCGAAAUCUGUGCUUAG